AUGUCGUUGGCCGACGUAACAUUCUUGUCGAUCCCAAAAGCAGACACCAGCCUUUACAAACUGUCUUCCAAAGAAGCUGUAUUCUUAAAGGCGCAAAUCGGUAUUGAUGAUGAUGAAGACUUGAAGAAGCAUAUCCUGGAGAUUCAGGCGAAAGCAUACGAGAUUGCACCUUAUCCUUGUAUCCAAAGAUUUGCAUUUCUUAGCGUGAACAUAUCGAGUAACCCUUUGUAUGAGAACAUCCUCAAGCUUGGUCGCGAGCGCCCUGAUGCCGUGCUGCUCGACAUUGGAUGUUGUUUUGGUGUUGACGCCAGAAGGGCUGCGGCGGACGGUUUUCCUGCAAAAAACAUCAUUGCAUCGGAUAUCCUCAACGAAUUUCUCGAGCUAAGCCACGAACUCUUCAGAACGACACCAGCUUCCUACCCCGGAUGUCACCUUCCCGGAGAUGUCUUCGAUCCAGAAUUUCUCUCCAUUGCUUCACUGUCAGAUGACGUCUCUCCAGCGCCAGCCAUUGAUCUGUCCUCGCUGAAAUCCCUCAAUCCCCUUCAUGGCCGCAUUAGCACAAUACAUGCUACUAGAUUCUUCCAUCUCUUCACUGAGGAAAAACAAUUGCAUCUUGCCAAAGCUCUCGCAGGUCUGUUAUCUGCGCAGCCAGGCUCUGUCAUUUGCGGUAAUCACAUCGGAAGUCUCGAAAAAGGCGUUGUAACCCCCCUUAUAUUGGGCUCCGAGUAUCGGCUGUUUUCUCAUUCUCCCCAGACAUGGACGUCUUUGUGGGAUGGAGAGGUGUUCGAGAAGGGCACUGUAAAGGUAGAAACGGAGCAGUCAAUUUGAGGGAGUGCAUGUACAACUCGAUGCUAGAGAAAAUUGUCGACAAU